UCUAGGGAUAGAGAUUGAACAAUAUUUUAUAUAUAAUAUUGAUAUGGAUAACCAAAAACUUUCAGGAAAGAAAAGGAAACUCCUAAGACUAAUCAAGAAAGAUCUAAACAGUAUAGAAUUAGAAAGAAAAUGUUCUUUCAAGAAACUAUUGAUGAAUGCAACCAGCUUAAAGAGGAAGUCAGAGUUUUGAAGAAACAAAAUGAAGAACUGAAAGAUCAAAUCUAUAAGCUUCAAAAUACGAAUCAGUCACAAGUUGAGUUUAGCUCUAAGCAGAAGUUUGAGCACUCUCUACAUGAAUACGACGAUUAUGUAUACAAUCGUUUGUGCCCAAAGAUGCUAUCAGACCCAGAUAGUGUUCGCUAUAUCACAAUCUCACAAGCCUGUGAUCACAUCUUUGACUGGAGUCCUGAUCGCAUCAGCUUCAUCAAAUAAAUGUUUCAGUAACAUUCUCGACAACAUGCUCGACCGUGUCUCAAAAUGAUACUAUAAAUGCCAUGAAGUGCUAGGAGUCAAAACUGGAGAUGACCUUAACCCAGAAAAGAAACGGACCAAGAAGUAUUUCAGCAAGCAAGCCGAACAAGUCUGUCCAGAUAAACAGAAGAUUAAGGAAAUAUACAGCUCUGUUCCAUUCACAGAAGAAUCGAUCAAAGCCUAUAGUCAGAACUGUAAAAAGUACAACAAUCACGUCAAAAGAAUAAAGAAAAUCGGUCAAAAUUUAAUCAAAGAACGCAACAAGCUGCUCAACCUGUAUGGAGAAAUGAAAGAAAUCAUGCUGAAGUGCAAGUUCACUAAGUGGCCUGACUUCCCACCACAAGCUUUACAGCAUUCCGAAGAAGAAUCAUGAUUAUGAAAAAUACGAAGAUGGAGAACUUACUGAAUAAAUAUUACUUUGAUUCAAUAA